AUGCUGGAAUUAAUAUUUUAUAUUUCCCCAUUUCUCUUGAUUAAUUUAUUGCCAGUUAUUGCACAUUCUCAUUUAAUUUUUGAUUCUAAAAAUGGAAGAGCUGAAGUGGAAGAUUCUCCUUAUUUAAUAAGACAUCCACAUUUGUUAGCUGAUUUUUAUAGUCAAGUUGAAUUAGUGCAAGAACUUGCAGAAUUGAAAACAUCUGUUAGACAGCAACAGGUUUUAAUAGAGAAAAGAUAUGAUGACGAUGAUCCUCAAAUUGAACAUAAAAUUAGAGCAACAAAUUUAGAUUGUAUUAGAAGUAAAAACUUUGAACUUCAACCAGAAAAUUUCCUAACAGUUUAUCCUUUCGAUUUGGUGUUAAUUGAUGGAAAAUAUGAAUUAAAAUCAAUUGUUUUAAAACCUUUUGGGGAACAAUUCCAAUUUUCUGACAAAGAAGUAGAAGAUAAAGAAAUUGAUUGUGGAGUGAUUAGCAAUGAUUAUCAAAAAAUCUCUCAAGAAUUUUCCUCUUCAUCUUCUGAAAAUUAUGAAGAACCUGGAUUGGCUGAAGGAAUUAAAAUAGAAGAAAUGAAAUUAUUUAAACAUAUAAUUUCAUUAAUUCUUUCAAAAACUAAAAAAGAGGAAAAUAAUGAACAAAAUAAUAAUUUAAUUAAAAAAGCUAUUUAUUUUGCACAUUUUUAUUGGAGACUUCGAGGAAAUCCUCAAAAUGCAUUAAAUUGUUUAUUUAAUUAUUUAUUAAUGGAGAAGGAUAAUAUCCCAGCAAGAUUUCAACUUGGAAUUAUUCAAUUACGAUUGGGCAACUAUAAACGGGCUAUUGAACAUUUAGAGUUUAUAAACAAUAAAGUACCAAAUUGUGCAAAAUGUCUUCUUCCUUUGGGGGAUGCUUAUGUUCUUGAUGGUAAUUUCAGUGAAGCAAUUGAUACUUUUGACAAAGCCCUCAGACUUGAAACUGAUCUGGAUUUGGCUUUGACGAAAGUUUCUCUUCUUCGUUGUAUAAAUAAAAUAUUUGAAGUAAUGGAGAAUCAACAUGAAAACCUUUUAGAUACAAUUAAAGAUGUUGAAAUGUUUAAAGAAAAAAUGCGAAGAAUUUAUCAAUUAGAAGAGCUAAUAGAGUCAAAUCGGGCGCCAGUGGAAGCUAGGUUACAAGCAAAAUUGGCAUAUGAACAUUUUGAAUAUGGAGCGCUUCCUUUUUCUAAUUGUCGCGAAGGCAUUCAAUGGAAUGGUGGUAGGAGAGAAAGGAAACGUUUAUUCUGUACAGUAAAUAAUUGGAAAUUAUAUAAUGAAUCAUUAAAUAAACAAAGAGAAAAAGUAAAAGCUGAAAUUGAAUUAAUUAUUAAUCAACAAUUUGAAGCCUCGCCAGAAUUAAAAUUUGUUGAAUUAGAUCGUUUAAAAAGAAAAGAGAAUGAUGAGAUUAGGGAAGAGAAGAGGCUUUCUGAAUGGAAAGAAUAUAUUUCUAAAUUAGCCCCUUUUAUUGGAAUUGGAUUAGAAAUGGAUGAACCUCAAUUAAUUCCUAAAUAUCCAAUUUUAGACAAACAAGACGAGGCAAGUUUCCCAUUUUUUAAUCCGUCUUGGCCAUCUAUUCACGAAUGUCAAGAAGCUUUUAAUUCUGGUACUUUAUCUUUUGAAACUUCUUUCAAUGACUUCAAGUCUCCACAAUUGUUUAUUUCACCGGAAAAUAAGGGAUUUAUUGUUUCCGAUUUACUCACCAAAUAUUUGGCAAUUAAAGAUGGCGAAUUAACCCCAUUACCUUGGAAAUUGCCUUCCUGUACACUAUACAACGACACUGGAUUAUUAUUAGAUGAAAAGCUAAAAUUUAUUGAAAAUUUAAAUUCUUUUCAAAAAUUAAAAUUUGGUUAUUUUACCCCAUCUGAUGAAUUUUCUGAAUAUAAAUUAAAAAAUGAAAUAUUUCGAUUGGCUGGUUAUAAUUUAGAUAAUGAUUGGAAUGGAAAAACACAACAACCUUUAAUCAGAGAAAUAGGUCAACGUAUUGGGAAUUUAUUAAAAUUUAAUAUCGGACCGCGUUGGCUUACAUUUAAUUUAGCUGCUUUAUAUUUUCGUUAUCUUGGCAUUCCAGGCGAAGCAAUUAAUUGUAUUGAAUUAGCCCUUAAAUAUUCAAAAUUUGAAGAUAUUGCUUUGACACAAUUAGCACAAAUUAUUUUACUUUCAAAUUAUUCGUUAACUGAUCAAAAUGAGUUGAAUGGUUUAGAGAGAAUUUUAAGUAUUGCAAUGAAUAGUGGGGUUAAUGAACCAAUUCCAUAUCAUUUAAUGGCUAUUUUCUAUCAAUUAAAAGGCAAUUUACAUACUUCAGAAAAAUUGUUAUUUCAAGCAUUGGAAUUAGAUCCUAAAUUUAAACCAUCAUUAAAUAUGCUUCUGUUCAAAAAAUGUUCAAAAAGAAUAAUUGGAAAAAGUUAUUUGGCCCCAGCUUUUGCCAGAUUUAUUGUUCCUUUACUUUUCCCUGCUGCAAAACUUAGAGAAAUUAAAGAGGAUAUUUUUGCUAAAAAAUUGGAAGCAGAACUUGCACAUAAAGUGGUUGAUAGACAUAAAAUUGAAGAAUCCCCGGUGUUCCCCUUGGAUUAUGGAGGUUACUCUCUCGACCGUAUUCGUGCCCAUCAACGACCAAUAUGGCCAGAGGGAGUUAAAGAGCAAAUAAAUCAAUUCCAAAUUGAUUUUAAACCUCCAAUAAAUAAUGAAAAUAUUUUUAAUGGACAAAAUGAAUUUAAAUUAACAAAAGAAAUUAAAUUAGUAGAAAAGACAACAAUUGAUGAAACUAUAUUUAAUGAAUAUUUAAAAAAUGAGUUGACAGAGAAUAAUAAUAAUGAGAAGAAAAAUAAGGGAAAUAAAAAGAAACAAACAAAACAACAAAAUAAUAUUAAAAUGACAAAGGAGAAAUCAAAAGUAUCAGAUUCAAUUGUCGUUGAUGGUGUUACUUCAUCAUUUCUUAAUAACCAAUCUAAACGUUUAAAAUCUUCACGCGCUCAAAUUGAUGGAACUUUUUUGGGAACACUUUCCAAUCGUGGGGAAGUGCUCUUUAAAUUAGAUAUUCCUUUACCUGAAAUAUUGCCAGUCCCUCCAUCUUUAAUGGUUAAUAAAGGCAAACAAUUUGCAUUACCUUUUAAACGUGAUUCUCUUAAAGAAAUUUGUCAAACACAGAAAAAACUAAAUCAUUUAUUUGAACAACCAGUCUCUACUUGGGUAUCUCCAUCGGCAAAAGGAAUUAAGGUCGACGAUUUGCUCAAUUUUGGAGAAUUACCAGAAUUGUCAGAUUUAUUAUUAGAGCCAGAAUGUCCAGAACCUACUUUAGUUCUUCAUUCUUCUUCAAUCCUUUUAGAAUUAGAUGAAUUACCUGCUUAUCUUUAUCGAGAACAUUUAACGAAAUUUUAUAAACCAGAAAAAGCUUUGAGAGAUACAUUUCGUUCAAUUGGUUCAUCAAAAUUAGAUAGUAUUGAGAGAGUUUCUGCUAAAUUAUUUUUUGCUUUAAAAGGUGCUGCAAUGCAUCCAUCGGUUUCUUCUUCAAAACCAAUUUCUUCCAUUCGAGAAUUUGUUUUAGGAACAAUUUCAAGUCUUUAUUGGAGAAUAAAAGGAGAUCCACUUAAUUCAAUUAAAUGCCUUCGACAUUCUUUAUAUAAUUCUCCAAAUGAAUUUAUUGAUGUCCCAUUAGUUAGUUUAGCCAAUAUUUACCAUCAAGCAGGAUUUCUUCAUAGUGCAUUAUAUACAUUAGGGAAAGCUUUCAAAACAGGAAAAAAUAUUGUUGCUGUCCAUUUUACCUUAGCUAACGUUUAUUCAACAAUUGGCGAUUUCCCUCAUGCUCUUCAAUUUUAUUAUUCAACACUUUCUUUACAAUCUAAUUUUGAACCAGCAAAAGCAAGUAUUACAGCAAUACAUUGUUUAACUAAUGGAGUACUUUUAAAUGAUUAA